AACGUAAGGAAUUUGUGGAGCUGGAACAGGGAAACAUGACACUCCCUGAAUACCGUCAGAAGUUCACCAAACUUGCAAAGUUUGCGCCAACCUUGGUGAGUACCCCAACCGAUCGCAUUGAGGAAUUCAGGACGAAACUUCGACCUGACCUGAGGUCACGUGUGUCCGUCCUAACCACCGUGGACUUUGUAGAGGCCUACGAGAUUAUAGCCAGGGCAGAUAGUGACCUGAAUGCUUGCAUAGAGUACCUAAAGGCAAACAAUGCUGGCUCAAGCACUCACCGUCCCACUAACUCUGUCUCAAAAGGAAAAAGGCCAUUCCAGGAACCUAGUAGUUCUCAUUUCUCUAAAAAGGGAAAGUCUGAACAAACCCAGUCAAUGACAUUCGGUAAUAGGACUAAGGGGUGGAAAAAUCCACAAUGCGAUAAAUGCGGAAGACACCACCCUGGGGAAUGUUGGCUUACACAAGGGUUAUGCCUCGGCUGCGGAAAACCAGGACAUUUCAAAAAGGAGUGCCCUACAAAUCCUGGAGAGCCAUUUCCAUCUGCCCUCGUUAUUAGCCAGUCUGCAUCAGCACGACCUGCACCAAGUCAACGGUCAACUACGGGAUCUAAUCCUGCUAAAAGUCAAAACAAACAACAAGGACGAGCUCCUGCCCGUACCUACGCAAUGAAAGCACGAGUUGAGGAAAACCCUGACGUCAUUCAGGGUAUGUUUUCCUUAUUUGAUACUGUCAUGCAUGUGUUGAUAGACCCUGGAUCAACAUUGUCUUAUAUCUGUGUACAUAUGCCUGAAAAAGCUGAUAUAAUGAAAGAACAGUUAGAACAACCUAUACUAGUGUCUAAUCCGUUAGGACAUAGUAUGAGGUUAGAUCAUGUGUAUCAAAAUUGUCCAUUGAUUGUUGAAGGGCAUCAAUUCUCUGCCAAUCUUGUCGAAUUACCGUACAAAGAAUUUGACAUCAUCCUCGGAAUGGAUUGGCUCACCAAACACCAAGCAGUUAUCGAUUGCCGACAACGAAUGAUUCAACUAAAGUCUGGAAAAGGAAAAUCUAUAAAGGUGAAAUAGAAGCUAACACCUAAAUCCACUGAAUUCAUCUCGUACAUACACGCUAGGCGCCUCAUUCGGAAGAAAUGUUAAGCUUAUCU